CGAGUCACGAUUUUCUUCGAGUUCGACUUCCGGCCUGCUGUAUUUUGAUCACUUUCACGAUUCAUCGAUGAUUCUCUUUGACUAAAAAGUCCGCUAAUUUUGAUUGCCAUAACAGGUAAAGAAUGCCUAUUCCAUCUAGAAGUGAAGUCCUUUCAUGGAAGGAGAACGAGGUCGCUGAUUUACUUCGCGAGCAAAACCUGUUGGAUUGUAUCGAUAGCAUUUACCAAAGGCAUAUUGAUGGACAGAAGUUGCUGAACCUGCAGUGGGGGGAUGUUAGAUAUUUCUUGGAAAUUCAAAAUUCUCACAGCCGACGGAAUUUUUGGGAUGUCGUUAGUCAAAUCCAGGAGAAAAGGGAAAGGAAUGGAGGUGUUCAGAAUUUAAUGAAGAGAUUUCAAGGCAAUUCUCAAAUUAGUAAUGAAGAAGAAGGCCAAGAAGAAAGUGACUUUGACGAUUCGGAUGAUUCAUUUGAUGAUGACUACGAUCUUCCAGAUGAAGAUGAACCACAGCUUUCGUUGGAAAGAAGGGAAACGAUUCGCCAAAAUCUGAUGCGUGGUAUGAUGACGGACCAUAAUGCUGUAAAUUCUGGCGAUGGUGUCAAUUACACUGAUGGUGACGAUGGUGACAAUGGUGACGAAAUUUAUGACAUGCCAGAAAAUUAUGAUGCCGAACCAGAGGACUUGUAUGAUGAUCCAAAUGGUGAAUCAGGCGAAGUUCAUUCCCAUUCUGCAUUUGACCUCGAGGAAAGGGGACCCAUUGUUUUUCCCGAUGAUACCACGACAAAUGAACCAGCUGACGAUUAUGAAAUAUUCGAUGCGGCUACUUCAACAGAUGCAGAACCCCUGGAUGAUUACGUUGUUCCAGAUCCAGCUCCUCCUCGGCCUCCAAAACCUGAUCAUCCAGUUAAUAAAGUUUUAAGUGAACGCCAAUGGCCGCCUCCUGCGAAAGAGAAAUCGAAUUUAAUCAGCAACUUGAAAUCACGUUUUGAGGAGCAGCAGGAAAAUUACGAGGCUCCCGAACCACCGAGAGCUUUGAAGAAACCAACAGCCUCCCCAGUCAUCCCACAAGAUCCCCCCGUACCCCGCUCUGCAAGACAACCAAAGCAAAAGGUUCCUAAAACUGCAAAAAAUAAAUUGAAAGAUAAACCGAUCAUACCGACACCUCCACAGGACACGUACGAGCCACCAACGCCUCCGCGACCUCCAAGCAAACUAAAUCAGAAAAAAUUGCCAAACUUUACACCGCAAGUGGAAAUUGAAGAGUCAUACAUUGCUCCUGAUGCACCAGCACGACCUCAAAAGAGUUCACCUUUUCGUCGGAAGCCGAUUCCUGAACCAGAAGAGGAGUAUAUUGCACCUGAUGCUCCAGCAAAACCUACAAAGAAUUGGCCUCCGAGCAAUAAUUUUAACCUUCACGAGGAUGAGAACUACAUCGCUCCCGAAGCUCCAACAAGACCUGUGACGACUCCGAUUCAUACCGAAGAGGAUUAUAUCGCGCCUGAAGCUCCAGAAAGACCUCGAAAGAGUUCACCUUUUUCACGGAAGCCGAUUCCUCCAAUUGAACCAGAAGAGGACUAUAUUGCACCUGAUGCUCCUUCAAGACCAAACAAGCGGUCAGUCCCACCGAUCCCAUUGGAGGAAAACUACGAGCCGCCCGAAACUCAUCGCGAUAACAAACCCAACAUGGCAGAAGAUGAUGGCGAAGAGGAAUACGAAGUUCCGGACAAUUUAACAGGGGCCAAGACUGAAGAACCCGAAGAUUAUGAAGUCCCUGAAACACCAUCAAAGAAAGAUCCUGAAACACUACCAAAGAAAGACGCUGGAGCAACUAGUGGGAAAAAGAAUAUUUUUAAUAUGAUGAAGAAGUUAAAUCCAUCGAGCAUUUUCAUCGAUAAUAAGAAAAAAGGAAUCAAACCCCAACCGCCACCACCAUCAACUGUUUCACAGCAUAAUGCUCUAAAUCCUGUUGACUCGGUGGGAAGCAACAACCAAAGGCAUUCUCAAGCUCUACCAGAUUUACCUAGUGAUGGUAGCAAUGGUAGAAGAUCGCCAUCUUUGCCUCCGAAACCGAGAAACACGGAUCCGCCAACGCCGAAAAAAAAGCCAGCUCUUCCAGUCAGCAAACCUCCUAAGGAGCCACUACCACGGCCAAAAAAUAAGCCAGUUCCUCUUCCAGUAAUCUUAUCUCCUUCAAAGACAAAACGGCAACAACUCGAGGAUCAACCUUGGUUUCACGGUUCCAUUUCGAAGAACGAAAUAGCUGAAAAGCUUAAAGGUGCUCGGAAGGAUGGUUCGUAUCUAGUGAGAGUAAGCAGUAGAGAUCAAAGCAAGUGCAUCAUGUCGAUUCUAUAUAAGAACGAAAUUCGACAUUUGGAUAUUCCAUGCGGCGAGAAUAAUCAAUAUCGAUUGGGAAACAGCGGUUCUGAGAAAUUCAAGAGUAUAGAAGAAUUGGUAUCGUAUUUCACAAGAAACGAAGUAGAAUUUAGCGCAGGUGGAAGAACGCGUCUUACUAACGCUUGUGUGUGACCGCCAAUAUAGCUGUGCCAAAAGUGAUUUGAGUUGAAUGUGAUUGGAGCUAUAAGAUAUUACAAGAAAUUUUUAUAAUUGAAUCUUCAUGUUGUUUGGCGUAGCAUUGUUUAGAACAAGAAAAAUCUACUUAGGCCUUCUGGUUGGUCGAAACAACUAUUAUAAAUAGAACACGGAGUGUUUUUCUUGCUCACGUAUCUUUUUUAAUCUUUAUGUUUAAUGGAAAUGCUGUUUACAUGGCAAAAUAAUUUCACUGUUAACGCAAGAGUUGUAAUUUUUACGUAGUUUGAAAUAUAUAUCAACAUGUGAGUUUUACUGAA